AUGGCUUCUUCCGGGUUCGAGGGUUUCGAGAAGCGUCUCGAGCUCGUGUUCUCACUGCCGAGCUGUGGCGACGGCGCGCGGGCGCAGCACGGGCUCCGGCUGCUGCCGGUGGGCGCGCUCCGGGAGGCGCUGGAUACCGUGCAGUGCGCCGUGGUGUCGGCUGCGGGGAACGCGGCGUUCGACGCGUACGUGCUGUCGGAGUCGAGCCUGUUCGUGUACCCGUCCCGCGCCAUCCUCAAGACGUGCGGCACCACCCGGCUGCUGCGCGCCGUGCCGAUCCUGCUCCGCGCCGCCGCCGGCGAGCUCGGGCUCGCGCUCCGGUCGUGCCGGUACUCGCGCGGCUCGUACCUCUUCCCCGAGGCGCAGCCGUUCCCGCACGCCGACUUCGCCGACGAGAUCCGGUUCCUCGACGGCGCCGUCCUGAGCGCCCUCCGCUUCCGCCGCUCCAGCGUGAUGCCGCCGUCGCAGAGGCACAGUCAGCAGCAGCACAAGUGGCACGUGUACGCGGCGUCGACCUCCGACGACGACCAGCACGUCGACGGCGCGACGCAUUUCACCGUGGAGGUGUGCAUGACGGAGCUGGACCGCACGCUAGCCAGGCAGUUCUACCUGACGACUACCCCCGGCGACGGCCGCCGGACCAGCCACGCCAUCGGCGACGCGAUGACGGCGGCGUCGGGGCUCGGCGACGUGAACCCGCGCUCGCUCGCCUUCGGGUACGCGUUCGCGCCGUGCGGGUACUCGAUGAACGCGCUGGACGGCGCGCGCUACGCCACCGUGCACGUGACCCCCGAGGACGGGCACAGCUACGCCAGCUACGAGUGCGGCGGCGCUGAGGCCGGAUGCGCGCUCGCGUCCGUCGGCAAGGCCAUCGCCGUGUUCCGCCCGGCCACUGUCUCUGUCUCAGUCUGCUACGAUGGCGCCGGUACGGAAGCCAUUAACACCGCGUCGAUAUGGUCGGCGGUCGCGGACGCCGUGGAGCCCAUGGGCCUCGCCUGCCGGAGCCGGGCGGCCGAGGCCUUCCCGGGCGCGACGACGGUGACGUACCAAACGUUCACGCGUACUCCGGCUUCACUCGACAUGAUCAAUCACAGCUAG